AGCAACCAGAUUUGUCUGUUAUGACUGUCUUACUAUAAACACACAAAAAAAUGGAGAAAACUGAAGAAGACGCUGAAGAUCUACACACGAAAAUGACCAGUCCGAGACGCAGACGUAGACGUAAGAAGAAGAAGCGCAACUUGUUCGAUAUCCCCGGAGUGAGGAAGAUCGUCCUGUCAGAACUCACUCAGAAGAUCAUUGAGUGUGUGGUGGGUGAAAAUGUCACCUCAGAGAGCCCCUGGAAGUAUGUGAAGAAGGAACUGGUGCAGGACAACCUGGAGCUGCACGAGGAAAGCUCAGAGUUUCUACCUCUGAGGGCCGAGAUCCUGGCCUACCCGAGGAACACCAUUUUAAUAGGUUACAUAGCCGACGAAACCCAAGACAAAGACGACGAGUUCUACAUAUGCGUCACAGAGGAGGCCACCAACGUGGUGUCACAAAUCAUCGAGAAACUGCGACAAGAACAAGAGGACCGACUGUACUAUCAGCUCUACAAGGACAUCCAUCCAUGGCAAUCCAUGGGUACCGAGGAGGAAGUAGAUGAGGCAAUAGUAAAGAACAACCGUCCAUUGAUCGAAGUCGAAGUGGAGUCACAAUACCCGAUCUUCCCCGAGAAGGUCAUAUUUAGGAUAGUAAACGCUGAAACAAAAAGAGACGGCUAUAUGGAGUUAAAGUGCGAGGAGGCGAUGAAUAACGUUUAUAUGAGAAGGAUAGAUAGUGGGAUCCAGGCGGCCCCUUCAGUGAUGUCUUCGGAGGCACAAACCACUUGUAGCUACCCCAGGAAUGCCACGACAGAAUAUUCAUAUGAUGUGGGUGAUACUAAGCCUAUGCUGCUGCAAUGCGAACCGGAUAUUAUUAGAUAUGCCAGCGAUAAUAUGGAAAAUCUGUCGGAUUUGCUUCAAGUUAAUGGGGUGAUCAACUUCUAUGCCAACGACUAUGAUUCUUUAAUAAAAAAUAUGUCGCUGACCAACGUGAAGGAACGGCUCUCGAGCAGCAAAGAGUUCGCCGAAUAUUUGUCCUUCUUGGACGUGAACAUGUGCAAGGGCAAAAUGAUUUCCGACAUCAGUUGGCAUCAGAUGUGGUCCGGCACCAUCGCUAUUGCCUACUCUGAUAUCAGUUCUAACGUGUUUUACACUGGACCUAAUAAGGAGGAUGAGGUUUUUAAAGCUGUUCACACAACAAACCUGGUGUUAAUAUGGAGCUUCUUGGACCCCCUAAAGCCAAAACUGAUACUGGAAUCCCCCAGGGAAGUAGUGAGGCUCUGCUUUUGCAAAUUCGACGAGAACGUUCUGGUUGGAGGCUGCAAUAAUGGGCAAAUAAUCAUUUGGGACAUUCGGAAUAAAUUGCAAAAAGUCGAAGAAAAAGAGGUGCUGACCACCGCUCAGCAGAAAUACCGAAUCUACAUGAACUCCCUUAUGGGCUGGAUGAAGAACACCCAUGACAUCUCUUUGGUGAGACCAGCGGCUGUGUCUGACCUAAGAUAUUCCCAUAAGGCAGCCGUCACCGGGUUAUCCUGGGUGAACCCUUUCCACGAAUUCAGCAGAACGGGUAAUUUGUCCGAGGUACCGCUUGAUCACAAUGACGUACCGAAGUACUCGAUGCAACUGCUGACCACCUCCCUGGACGGGAGCGUCCUGAUUUGGGACUUCAAGGACAAACCGAGUCUGAAACAGGGAGGCUAUCGGCCCAAGAGGUCCAGGAGGUUGCAAAAGAAACCCAGCGGCCUGGAGGUGGACGAGUCGCCUUAUCGGAUACUGCACCUGAAUAUGAGACCGAGGUAUCGGAUCAACGUAUUGAGGAAGGACAGUAAGAAGCCGAUAGCGAUCACCAGCGGCAGCGGAGGGUUCUGUAAGCUGAACUAUGUCGAAGCUUUUCCAGAGUUGAGCAAGAAGAACGAUAUUAGGGAGAGGGUGAUUUAUAAGCCUGUGCUGGAAAAGCCCACCUUUGAAGCCAGGCCGGUGGUGACUUUGGGGACAGCUGAGGGAGACUACAUUGAAAUGUACUGGGAGGGUCAGGACUUUGACUCCGGCGAAGCGGUGAAUUGCGAGCAAGGAAAGUUCAUCACUGAAGCAAAAUACCACGAUGGACCGGUCGUGUCGGUGCUAAAGGGUCAAGGUCACCGCAUCUCCUUAACGGCCGGUGGCAAAAUUUUCGCCAUAUGGAGAGACGACCUGCCCGGGAGACCGGUGCUCUGGAGGAGAAGCAGGCAGUUUAUUACCAGAGGAGCCUUUAACAUUUUUGAGCCCUAUAAAGUGACCACUCAGUCGGUAACCGGGGUGCAAACCCGAUGGAUUUUUUCCAUGAACAGCAAGUCGCCGAUAUUCACUCAAGUUUUAUCCAAUAGUUUCUUAACGGUGUCCGCCAUUCAUCCUUUUCCAGGUGAAAAGGUGAUUUUUGGUAUUGGGGAUGAACAAGGAGCUUUUAGGUUGUUUUAUGUGAAAACAAUGUCUUAUGGUGACAAUCUGGAUAAGGCUUGGGAGAACUUUCUGGAUAGGGAGGUUAAUAGGAAAAAAUUGUUUUUUGCAUGGCAGGAUGAUUUUAAUAAACGCAACGAACAAUACUUGCAAAAAAUGAAAGAAGAAGCGGAACAAAAAGCGAGAGAGGAGGCGGCCAGGGAGGCGAGCGGGGAAGAGAAAAAAGAACCUGAGAAACCUGCUAGAAAAGGACCACAACCAGGCAAGUUUGUUGAAUGGAUAGCGGAACAGAGACAACUGAAGGAGGAAGCGAGAAUAAAAGCGAUGAUAAUAAACAAGAAGCAACUGGACACUAAGGAGCUUGAAAAGAGACGUAAACCCUUACAAAAGCUCGACGAGGAAAACGAGAGGAAGAAGCGAAAACAGAAAGAGAGAUUGAAACAAGGAGAAACCAUUUUUAAAGACACCAUAGCCAGUCUGUUUCCCGAUGUAAUAAAAGAAAAACCUCCUCCACCUCCAGAUCCUUAUGCCGGCGGAGACCCUUUGGAGGAUAAGGAGAAUUGCUAUCAAGAGUUUCUAGAUUUAUCCGUUGAAACUGACGCUUUCAUCCAAGCGAAUCCUCUUCAGUACGAUUUUGAUUUUAAGAAUUUGCUAGUUGCCAGCAGAAGCAAAGACGAACACUUCUUUAGGUCUUUUGGACACCAGAAAAGGUACGAGGAAGAGAAACGAGAGCGAAGGGGGGACGGGCAUAGAAGUUCUCUAGAUGUAUCGCAAGAAGAGUUUGGUGAGGGUGUCGAAAAUCCCGAUGAAGAAAUAUUAGAAUCUUUAGAUGUUGUGCUUUAAAGUUUAGUAAAUAUAGUUGAAUUUGAUAAGCA